AAUUGAAAUGCAGGGGGUUGACACAGUCAGGCAAAUGAAAACUUGUUGCUGCAGCAAAGAAACUUUCUUUGGGCUGUAGAUGAGAAUGCCUUGAUGAGGGAGGGGGAUUUCUCCACCCCAGCUCAACAGGCAUAUAGAUAUAUGUUAAGCAUGUUGUGGUUUUGUGAUUUUUGUCGUCAGUAUGCCAAGUCAGAACAUCAUCUAAAACAAUGGGAGUUAAAGAGUUAAUGUUCUGGUUCCAUGGACUAUCUUUUAUGGGCAUUUUGGGUCUUCGGAUGGGAGGAGAGGAGUGGCAUUCCUGGAGGACCUGGCGCGCAGAGGAAGAAAGGUGGAGGUCCUGGCAGGAUACCAGCUGCUCACUGUUUGCCGCUAAGAAAAGCACAUGCUUCCCCUGCAGUCUGCUAAAGACUACUUCGUGUACUAUCUCGUAUUUUGGAUACUCUUGUCUCUCUCAAUUUGUUUGAAUUUGUUAGAUAUAGUAAAUUACAGAUCCUCCUCAGAUCGUUGCCGUUGCUCACUAGCAAAAGAGAGACACAAUCUUUUCUGGGUGCAGUGGGCUUUUGGAGAAUGCAUGUUCCAAACUACAGCCUCAUUGUAAGCCCCCUUUAUUAUGUGACGCGAAUGAGAAAUGAGUUUACAUGGGGCCCUGAGCAGCAGCAGGCUUUUGAACAGAUUAAACAGGAGAUAGCCCAUUUCGUGGCCCAAGGGCCAGUACGGACAGGACAGGGUAUAAAGAACAUCCUCUAUACUGCUGCUGGAGAGAACAGUCCCACUUGGAGUUUGUGGCAAAGAGCCUCAGGAGAGACCCGAGUCUGACCCUUGGGAUUCUGGAAUCGAGCCCACAGGGGGUUGGAAGAGGGCUACACUGCAACUGAGAAGGUGAUCUUAGCCGCAUAUGAGGGGGUUCGGGCUGCUUCUGAAUUAGGCGGUACUGACACACAGCUCCUUCUGGCACCUCGACUGCCAGUGCUGAACUGGAUGUUUAAAGGAAAGGUUCCCUCCACCCAUCAUGCUACUGAUGCCACUUGGAGUAAGUGGAUUGCACUGAUUACACAACGAGCACGGAUGGGGAACCUCAGCCGUCCAGGAAUCCUAGAGGUCAUCAUGGACUGGCCUGAAGGUAAAAAGUUUGGAACACCACCAGGAGAAGAAGUAGCUCGUGCUAAAGAGGCCCCACCAUACAAUGAACUACCACAGAAUGAAAAGAAAUACGCCCUGUUCACAGAUGGAUUGUGUCGUAUUGUGGGAAACCAUUGCAGAUGGAAAUCUGCUGUGUGGAGCCCCACACGACAAGUUGCAGAGGCCACUGAAGGGAAAAGGGAAUCAAGCCAAUUUGCAGAGGUAAAGGCUGUCCAACUGGCCUUAGAUGUUGCUGAGCGGGAGAGGUGGCCAAUGCUUUAUCUCUACACUGACUCAUGGAUGGUAGCAAAUGCCUUAUGGGGGUGGUUACAGCAGUGGGAGCAAAAUAACUGGCAAAGAAGGGGUAAACCUAUUUGGGCUGCUGAACUGUGGAAAGACAUUGCUGCCCGAACAAAGACUAUAGUUGUGAAGUUGCGCCAUGUAGAUGCUCAUGUGCCCAAGAGUCGGGCUACUGAAGAACAGCAAAACAACCAUCAGGUAGACCGAGCUGCCAGAAUUGAAGUGGAUCAAAUAGACCUAGAUUGGCAGAACAAGGGUGAAUUAUUCCUAGCUCGGUGGGCCCAUGAGACCUCAGGUCAUCAAGGGAGAGAUGCAACAUACAAAUGGGCUAGAGAUCGAGGGGUGGACUUAACUAUGGAUGCCAUUGCACAGGUUAUUCAUAACUGUGAAACAUGUGCCAUCAUCAAACAAGCCAAGAGGAUGAAACCUCUCUGGGAGGAAGGGCGAUGGCAAAAGUACAAAUAUGGGGAGGCAUGGCAGGUUGAUUAUAUCACCUUGCCACGAUCUCGCAAUGGUAAGCAUUAUGUGCUUACUAUGGUGGAGGCAACCACUGGGUGGCUUGAAACAUAUGCAGUACCCCAUGCUACCGCCCGAAACACCAUACUGGGUCUCGAGAAACAAGUCCUGUGGCGACAUGGCACCCCGGAAAGGAUUGAGUCAGAUAAUCGGACUCAUUUCAAAAAUUCUCUUGUAAAUACUUGGGCCAAAGAUCAUGGCAUUGAGUGGAUUUACCAUAUUCCCUAUCAUGCACCAGCCUCUGGUAAAAUUGAACGAUACAAUGGAUUGUUAAAAACGAUGCUAAAAGCACUGGGUGGCGGAACAUUUAAGCACUGGGAGAAGCAUUUGGCAGAAGCUACCUGGUUAGUCAAUACCAGAGGAUCUAUCAAUCGUGAUGAUUCUAACCAAUCCAUUUCCCUACAUACCGUAGAGGGAGAUAAAGUCCCUGUUGUACAUGUAAAGAACAUGUUAGGAAAGGCAGUUUGGGUUCUUCCAGCUUCUGGAAAGGGCAAACCUCUCCGUGGUACAGUUUUUGCUCAGGGACCAGGAUCCACUUGGUGUGUAAUGCAGAAGAAUGGGGAUGUCCAAUGAGUACCACAAGGAAACUUGCUGCCGGGGGAGUGCAGUCAGUAAUUCUAUGUAUAGAUACAUAUAUAUAUAGCCAUGUGUGAGUAAUGCAUUUUAAUCAUUUUUUGUUUUUUUGUAUAUAUGUAUAUAUAUUUUAAGCAUGAUGUAACGAUGUAGAACAAGGGAUGGAAUGUCAUGGUUCUAUGUUUUUUUGUUUUUGGGUUUCAGUAUUCCACAUCAAAACAUCAUGUAGUGUACGGGGUAUUAAAGUGUCACUGCCCCAUUCCCAGGUACCUAUCCCUGUACAUUACAGCAGUCAAGGGAUCUGGCCCUUCCGGGUGGGGGAGCGCUGUCUUGCUGCCUUCCAGUGGGUGCUGGAGGGUGCUUUCCUAGCCGUUCCAAGCUUUUCAGGUUUGAAUCGGUCCCGGGAACUCUCUGUCUCUCAUCUUGUCUGAUUUAUUCAUCUCAAUUUCAAUUAAAUUGUACAUAUUGUGUUAUCUUGUAUUCCAAUAUUAUAGUAAAAUAAGUUUUCCUCCAUAGAUUGCUGCUGCUGUUCUUUUCACAGAAUCACAGAAUCACCCGGGUUGGAAGGGACCCCAAGGAUCAUGUAGUUCCAACCCCCCCUGCCUAGCAGGGCCACCAACAUACACAUUCAGAUCAGGUUGCCCAGGACCCCAUCCAACCUGGCCUUAAACACGUCCAAGGACGGGGCAUCCACAACCUCCCUGGGCAGCCCGUUCCAGGGCCUAACCACUCUCCUAGUAAAGAACUUCCCCCUAACAUCUAACCUAAGUCUUCCCUCCUUCAACUUAAAACCAUUUCCCCUAGUCCUGCUGUUGUCAGCCCUUUUGAAGAGUUUACUCCCCUCCUGGGUGUAGGUUCCCUUCAGGUAUUGAUAGGCUGCAAUGAGGUCACCCCGCAGCCUUCUCUUCUCCAGGCUGAACAAGCCCAACUCCCUCAGCCUGUCCUCAUAGGGGAGGUGCUCCAGCCCCCUGAUCAUCUUAGUCGCCCUCCUCUGGACCCUUUCCAAAAUCUCUAUGUCUUUCUUGUACUGAGGGCUCCACACCUGGACACAAUACUCCAGAUGGGGCCUCACAAGAGCCGUGUAGAGAGGGACAAUCACCUCCCUGUCCCUGCUGGCCACCCCUCUCCUGAUGGAGCCCAGGAUCCCAUUUGCCUUUCGAGCUGCCAGAGCGCACUGCUGGCUCAUAUUCAGUCUCUCGUCCAUCAGGACCCCCAGGUCCUUCUCUGCCGAGCUGCUCUCAAGGACCACUCCUCCCAGCCUGUACAGGUGCCUGGGGUUCUUCCGGCCCAAAUGCAAAAACUUGCACUUUGCCGUGUUGAACCUCAUCAGGUUCACCCGAGCCCAGCCCUCCAGCCUGUCGAGGUCCCUCUGAAUGGCAUCCCUUCCUUCCACCGUAUCAACCGCACCACUCAGCUUGGUGUCGUCAGCAAACUUGCUGAGGGUGCACUCAAUUCCCUCAUCGAUGUCAUUAAUAAAGAUGUUAAAGAGCACCGGUCCCAAGACAGACCCUUGGGGGACACCACUUGUUACCGGCCUCCACCUGGACAUAGAGCCAUUGACCACCACCCUCUGUCUGCGGCCUUUCAACCAAUUGCUUAUCCAUCGGGUCGUCCACCCAUCAAAUCCACUUCCCUCCAAUUUGGAGAUGAGGAUGUGGUGGGGGACCAUGUCAAAGGCCUUGCUCAGGUCCAGGUAAAUGACAUCGGUCGCCUUCCCUUCGUCCACCAAUGCCGUCACUCCAUCAUAGAAGGCCACAAGAUUAGUUAGGCAUGACCUUCCUUUGGUGAAGCCGUGCUGGCUGUCUCGGAUCACAUGCUCAUUCUUUAUGUGACCGAGCAUGUUGUCCAGGAGGAUCUGUUCCAUGAUCUUCCCAGGCACGGAGGUGAGACUCACCGGCCUGUAGUUCCCCGGGUCCUCCCUGCUCCCCUUCUUGUAUAUGGGAGUGACGUGACCCUUCCUCCAGUCGUCCGGGACCUCACCUGACAGCCACGACUUCUCAAAUAUGAUGGAGAGCGGCUCGGCAACCACCUCAGCCAGCUCCUUCAGGACCCUGGGAUGCACGCCAUCCGGCCCCAUAGACUUGUAUUCAUUCAGUCUAAGGAGGCACUCUCGGACUUGCUCUGCCCUUACAGUGGGGAGGGAUUUACCUCCUUGGUCCCCACAUAGAGGUUUGGGGAUGCAGGGUUCAGGGACGUGAAAAAGACUAGAAUCCUGGCCACCAGUGAAGACCGAGGUGAAGAACUCAUUCAGCACCUCGGCUUUCUCUUCAUCUGUUGAAGCCAGUUCUCCUUUUAAAUUUACCAAAGUAGGUACGCCCGUUUUGGCCUGUCUCUUCUGGGCAAUGUACCUGUAAAAGGUUUUCUUAUUGUUUUUCACGUCCCUUGCCAAGUUCAGUUCUGCCUGCGCCUUGGCUUCCCUGAUCCCACGUCUGCAAGUCCGGACGGCAUUCCUGUACUCUUCCCAGGUGACACAGCCUUGUUUCCAGAGCUUGUACACCCCUUUCUUCGCCCUCAGUUCUCUCAGCAGGUCCUUGCUGAGCCAUGCCGGUCUCCAUUCCUCUGAAUAAGAAAGUGGGCAGGCGAGGUAGGAAACCGGCAUGGCUCAGCAAGGACCUGCUGAGAGAACUGAGGGCGAAGAAAGGGGUGUACAAGCUCUGGAAACAAGGCUGUGUCACCUGGGAAGAGUACAGGAAUGCCGUCCGGACUUGCAGACGUGGGAUCAGGGAAGCCAAGGCGCAGGCAGAACUGAACUUGGCAAGGGACGUGAAAAACAAUAAGAAAACCUUCUACAGGUACAUUGCCCAGAAGAGACAGGCCAAAACGGGCGUACCUACUUUGGUAAAUUUAAAAGGAGAACUGGCUUCAACAGAUGAAGA